AUGCACGGCCUCAGGCAGGCGCUGGCCCGCCGCAGGGCUCGGCCUCGGCCCCGGCCCGGCAGCACCGAGCCCGGCGCCCCACACGCGCAGGGCUGGAUCCUCGACCCCUCCGGGGACUGGUACUACUGGUGGAUCAGCGCCAUGGUCCUGCCCAUCCUGUACAACUGGACCAUCCUCAUCUGCAGGUCCUGCUUCACGGACGUGCAGGAGCAGCACGUGCUGCUGUGGCUGAGCCUGGACUACCUGUGCGACGCGCUCUACCUGCUCGACAUCGCCGUGCGCUUCCACACCGGCUUCCUGGAGGAGGGCAUCCUGGUGCGGGACCGCGCCCAGAUCCGGCGGCGCUACCUGGGCUCCUCGUCCUUCGCCUGGGACGUGGCCUCGGUGCUGCCCACCGACCUGCUGUACCUGCGCCUGGGCCCGGGGGUGCCGGCGCUGCGGGCCAACCGCUGCCUGCGGGCGCCGCGGCUCUUGGAGGCCUUCGACCGGCGGGAGACGCGCACGGGCUACCCCAACGCCUUCCGCAUCGCCAAGCUGAUGCUCUACGUCUUCGUCGCCAUCCACUGGAACGCCUGCCUCUACUUCGCCCUCUCCGUCCGCCUGGGGCCCGGCGCCGACGCCUGGGUCUACCCCAACGCCAGCCGCCCCGGCUUCGCCCGCCCGCUGCGCCAGUACCUCUACAGCUUCUACUUCUCCACCCUCAUCCUCACCACGGUGGGCGACACGCCGGCGCCGCGGCGCGAGGAGGAGUUCCUCUUCAUGACCGCCGGCUUCCUCCUGGCCGUGCUGGGCUUCGCCACCGUCACGGGCAGCAUGAGCUCCGUCAUCGCCAACGUGAGCGCGGCCGACGCCGCCUUCUACCCCCGGCACGGCGCGGUGCAGCGCUACCUGCGGACGCGGGGCGCGGGCCGGCGGCUGGCGCGGCGGGUGGCCCGCUGGCACCAGCACCUGCGGGCGCAGCGCAAGCCGACGGGGGAGCGCGGGGCGCUGCGGGCGCUGCCGGGGCGGCUGCGGGCCGAGGUGGCCGCCGGCGUGCACCUGCCGGCGCUGCGCAAGGUGGCCCUCUUCCAGCGCUGCGAGCGCGGCGUGCUGCAGGAGCUGGUGCUGCGGCUGCGGCCCCAGGUCUUCAGCCCCGGCGAGUUCGUCUGCCGCAAGGGCGACGUCGGCCGCGAGAUGUACUUCGUCCGCGAGGGGCGGCUGGCCGUGGUGGCCGACGACGGCGUCACGCCGCUGGCCGUGCUGGGCGAGGGGCUCUACUUCGGGGAGAUCAGCCUCAUCAACAUCGCAGGGAACAGGUCGGGCAACCGGCGCACCGCCAACAUCAAGAGCAUCGGCUACUCGGACCUCUUCUGCCUCUCCAAGGAGGACCUGGCGGAGGUGCUGCGCGAGUUCCCCGCCGCCCGGGCCGCGAUGGAGGCCAAGGGCCGCGAGAUCCUGCUGCGGCUCGGCAAGCUGGACGAGCACGCCGAGGCGGCGGCCGAGGAGGCGGCGCGCCGGACGCGGGCGCUGGAGGCGGCGCUGGAGGGGCUGCAGACGCGGGCGGCCCGGCUGCUGGCCCAGCUGGAGUCCAGCGCCUUCAAGCUGGCCCUGCGCAUCGAGCGCCUGGAGGGCCGGCUCCGGCGGCGGGGCUCUGCCGGGCCCCCCAUAACCCCUGCGGCCCCCAACUGCCCCUGCAGCUCCCCACGGCCCCUGUAG